AUGAACAACCCCCCCCAGUACACCCCCCAGUACAACCCCCAGUACAACCCCCCAGUACAACCCCCCAGUACAACCCCCCAGUACAACCCCCCCCAGUACAACCCCCCAGUACAACCCCCUGUACAACCCCCCAGUACAACCCACCCCCCAGUACAACCCCCCCAGUACAACCCUCCCAGUAAACCCCCCCCAGUACAACCCCCCAGUACAACCCCCCCCAGUACAACCCCCCAGUACAACCCCCCAGUACAACCCCCCCAGUACACCCCCCAGUACAACCCCCAGUAUACAACCCCCCAGUACAACCCACCCCCAGUACAACCCCCCCAGUACAACCCACCCCCAGUACAACCCCCCAGUACAAACCGCCCCCAGUACAACCCCCCGUACAACCCCCUCCCCCAGUACAACCCCCCAGUACAAACCGCCCCCA